ACGACAACGAAAUAUUCAUGGAUCACAAGCAUAUCGCGCUCUAGAUAAACCGAACACCACCAUUGCCAAGUGCCAACGACCCCCACUAUCUCUCCACGCGCCGCUCUCUCUCCCUCCUCCAUGGCGAUCACUCUCCACCUCUGCCGAAUUCCGCCGCGUACCGAUCUCUUCUUCUCGGAGAGCCUCACCGGGAAGCCAUCUCUCAGUUUCCGGAAACCUUUCUCCGUCCGAUGCUCCGGGGACUCCUCUUCCUCCGCCGUCGAGUCCGACUUCGACGCCAAGGUCUUCCGCAAGAACCUCACUCGAAGCAAGAAUUACAACCGCAGAGGCUUCGGCCACAAAGAGGCGACCGUCGAGCUUAUGAACCGCGAAUACACAAGCGAUAUUAUUAAGACCUUGAAAGAGAACGGGUUCGAGUACACCUGGGGAAACGUGACGGUGAAGCUCGCCGAGGCGUACGGAUUCUGUUGGGGCGUUGAGAGAGCCGUGCAGAUUGCUUACGAGGCCAGAAAGCAGUUCCCCGAUGAUAAGAUCUGGAUCACCAACGAGAUCAUCCACAAUCCAACGGUCAAUAAGAGGUUGGAGGAGAUGAAGGUGGAGAACAUUCCAAGAGAGGAAGGGCAGAAGCAGUUUGAUGUGGUGAACGAGGGCGAUGUGGUCAUUUUGCCUGCUUUCGGAGCCGGAGUGGAUGAGAUGCUCAACUUGAGUAACAGGGAUGUUCAAAUUGUUGACACUACUUGCCCCUGGGUUUCCAAGGUUUGGAAUACUGUGGAGAAGCACAAGAAAGGAGAUUACACUUCGAUCAUUCAUGGGAAAUAUUCUCAUGAGGAGACUGUGGCCACGGCUUCUUUUGCCGGGAAAUACGUUAUAGUGAAAAACAUGGAUGAGGCAACAUAUGUGUGUGACUAUAUUCUUGGAGGUGAGCUUAAUGGGUCUAGCUCGACUAAAGAGGCAUUUAUGGAGAAAUUUAAAAAGGCACUUUCUCCUGGGUUUGAUCCGGACAGAGACCUGGUAAAAGUAGGCAUUGCAAAUCAGACUACGAUGCUUAAGGGGGAAACGGAAGAGAUUGGAAAAUUAGUAGAGAGGACCAUGAUGCGUAAGCACGGAGUGGAAAAUGUCAAUGACCACUUUGUGAGCUUCAACACAAUAUGUGAUGCAACUCAGGAGCGACAAGAUGCAAUGUACAAGCUUGUUGAGGAAAAGCUUGAUCUUUUGUUAGUCAUUGGUGGGUGGAACUCGAGUAACACCUCUCACCUACAAGAAAUUGCAGAAGAACGUGGAAUUCCCUCGUAUUGGAUCGACAGUGAGAAGAGAAUAGGCCCCGGAAACAGGAUAGCUUAUAAGCUCAAUCAUGGCGAGUUGGUCGAGAAAGAGAACUGGCUGCCUGAAGGUCCCAUCACAAUUGGAGUGACAUCUGGUGCCUCUACUCCAGAUAAGGUCGUCGAAGACACUCUUAUCAGGGUGUUCGACCUCAAGCGUGAAGAAGCCCUGCAACUAGCAUAAUCCAAGUUAGGCAUCAUCGCUUGAUAGUUAUAUAAGCAACAGGAAAGUGUACUGUAUCUUAUGUACCCUAGAAACGUAAUUGUUGCAUCUUGUAUGAUAUUAGGUCGAGGUUCCAUUGUUGUACCUUGUAUGUGUUAAUGUGCCUUGAUUCGAGACCUGUAAACUCAGGUCCAAAUUCCUCAUUUACGGUCUCGAUGUAACCGAAGUCCUACAUAUGAGAUGUCGCUUUCACGAUGGACAAAAUCUUGGGUGCAAUCAAGUUAUAUCUCCUAUUUUUAUCACGUGA